AUGUUGCCCCACCUUAACGGCUACAACAUGUCCAUCCUAGCUAUCCCGGUUCACUUCAUGAUCUCGAUGAUGCCUCACACUGUUGCUCGCGCCAUCUCUGCUAGAGGUAGGCUACCUACCGAAAACAGCAGCAAUCUACAUGCUCAGGAUACCAAAGUGCAGUUGAAGCAGCGUGUUCCUCCAGAGUCGUUUGCCAGGUACAUGCGUAUUCAUCUAAUGAGGUGGCAGAAUUUCCCCCUUUUCGUUACAGCAGUGGUGGUGGGCAACAUGGCUGGACUGGCACAGGACGUGCUCAACGCCUUUGCAGUUUCGGUUCUUGCUGUUCGACUUGCUUGUACAGUGAGUUGUUUGCUCGCGGUUACUUCGGUGACUUCAGUUGUUCGCGGCGGGCUCUGGGUUAUGGGUGUUUCGAUGUGCUUGCCUGUCUUCAUUCAAGCUGCAGUGGUUAUGAGUGACAGGAAGGCAAAAGAGGUGCACAGGGCGAUGUGA